AUGAGGAUUCAUGUUGGUUUUACAAUUUUAUCACUAUUUUUCCUGUCAUUUAUGCUACCGGAAUGCAGCCCGAGCACUAUACAAGGAUGGUGCAGUCAGACACCACAUCCACAGCCAUGUCAACACUUCAUCAUGAUGAAGAAUCACAGCAACCAUCAUAAUUCUUUUGCAGUUUUUCAGCAGAUGACAAAGCAGAUUGCUCUCGACCAAGCUCUCAAAACCCAAAGACAGACAAUAUGGCUUCGACCCAAUUCCCAAAACAUUCGAGAGAAAGCAGCUUGGGCUGAUUGCAUUCACCUCUUUGGCAAUACCAUUCACCGCCUCAAGCAAACCAUCGGAAAUCAUGGCCAACACACCGAUGAGGAUGUUCAAACUUGGCUCAGCUCCGCCCUAACAAAUCUUGACACCUGUCAAACAGGUUUUACAGAACUCGGGGUUUCGAGCAAUAUCCUCCCGCUCCUCUCCAAUGUCUCCAAGCUUGUUACCAACGCAUUGGCAACCAACAAAUACACGUUAAGCCAGAAAAACAAGGAACACAAGAUUCCCACAUGGCGCCCUUUGGAUGAGAAAAAGGUUUUGCAGGAUUUGAAUAUUCCUGAUAUCGUGGUUGCAAAAGAUGGAUCAGGGAACUUUACGAACGUGCAAGAAGCUGUGGAUUAUGCGAGCAAGAUGCAGAGGAAGAGGAAGGAUAGUAGGUUUGUGAUGUAUGUUAAGGUUGGGAUUUACGAAGAGAACGUUGAGAUCGGGUGGGCAGGGAAGAAUAUUACGAUGGUCGGUGACGGCAUCGGAAAGACAAUCAUCACGGCAAGUAGGAGCGUUAAAAAACACUCCACCACUUACACAUCAGCGACAGUCGCUGUUGAUGGUGACGGAUUUAUGGCUCGUGACAUGACAUUCCGCAACUCUGCCGGACCCUCAAACGGACAAGCAGUUGCUCUCCGAUCAGGAUCCGACCUCUCUGCAUUCUACCGAUGCAGCUUCGAAGGUUACCAAGACACUCUCUACGUUCAUUCAAACAAGCAAUUCUUCAGGGAAUGCGAUAUCUACGGAACCGUGGACUUCAUCUUCGGAAACGCCGCCGCCGUCUUUCAGAACUGCAAUAUAUAUUCCGACACCGUCCACACGCCUAACGCCGUCACAGCUCAAGGCCGUACAGAUUCCAACCAAACUACCGGAAUAGUGAUUCAAAGUUGCAGGGUGAGAGCUUUUACGGCCGCCGGAAGAAGUCCAUUGCCGCGUAAGGCAAUGAAAACGUACCUUGGAAGGCCAUGGAAGAAAUAUUCGAGGACCAUUUUCAUCAAAACAUAUUUUGAUGGGUCUGUUGAUCCAGCAGGUUGGAUGAAGUGGGAUAAAGAUUUUGCUCUGAAUACCCUCUACUAUGGAGAGUACAAGAACAGAGGCUCUGGCUCUUCAACUGCAAAGAGAGUUAAAUGGGGUGGUUUUCAUCUCAUUACAAGCUCUCUGGAGGCAUCAAACUACACCGUUUCAAGCUUCAUUUCUGGGGGUUCUUGGUUGCCAUCCUUGGGGGUCCCAUUCACUCCAGGGCUUUGA